AGGUCAUCUAGUCCAACCCCCUGCUCGAAGCAGGACCAACCCCAACUAAAGCAUCCCAGCCAGGGCUUUGUCAAGCUGGACCUUAAAAACAACUAAGGAUGGAGAUUCCACCACCUCCCUAGGUAACCCAUUCCAGUGCUUCACCACCCUCCUAGUGAAAUAGUUUUUCCUAGUAUCCAACCUAGACCUCCCCCACUGCAACUUGAGACCAUUGCUCCUUGUUCUGUUGUCUGCCACCAAUGAGGAUAGCCUUGCUCCAUCCUCUUUGGAACCCCCCUUCAGAUAGUUGAAGUCUGCUAUCAAAUCCCCCCUCACUCUUCUCUUCUACAGACUAAAUAACCCCAGUUCCCUCAGCCUCUUCUUAUAAGUCAUGUGCCCCAGCCCCCUGAUCGUUUUUGUUGCCCUUCGCUGGAUUCUCUCCAAUUUGUCCACAUCCUUUCUGUAGUGGGGGCCCCCAAAACUGGAUGCAACUGGGAUGCCAACUGAUGUAUUGGGAUUUCACUGAGCCUGCCAACUCCACUAGCCUGGGCUCUGUGUCCCUGUGUUGCUGAAUUAGGCUCUCUGGCCUCUUCACAUAUACACAGGUAGGGACGCACCUGCUGUAGAAUCACACAGAGUCUGAAAUAACUCUUUAUGAGAAGACUCAGCUAGGAAAUUGCCCAGCACUCAAGGGUACUGGAAAGUACACCCAAAAUAAUAUUGUCUUGCACUGUAGAGAAAUCUAUACAACGUAAGCUCAUGAAUCUGCCCCAUCCCUCAAUGUGGAGGAAGAUAUGCACAACUUCUUCCCCCCCAGUUAGAAAUUGCACAAACUGGGUUUAAUAAUAACCAAAACAAGUUUCUUAACUAUAAAAGGCAGAUUGUAAGUGAUUAUAAGGGAUAGCAAACAGAACAAAGCCGAUUACCAAGCAAAUAAAACAAAACACGCUUACUAAGCUUAAGAUCUUAAAGAGACUGAUUUCAAGAAAUAAUUUCUCACCCUAAAUGUUGCUUUAGGCAAGUUGCAGAGUUUCUGUAGCUUAGAGUUCCAGUUAUUUCUCUUUACAGACUAGACUCCUGUCUAAGGCCUUGGCUACACUUGCGAGUUGAAGUGCAUUAAAUCAGCCCCGGGCACCCUAACUCCUGAGGUGUCCACACUGGCAAGGCACAUAGAGUGCCCGGACUCCAUGGCUGGAGUGCCCCUGGUAAUCCACCUCCACGAGAAACAUAAAGCUUGCUGCACCCUGGCUGUAGCACUGUGGUGCCAGUGUGGAAGCCCUGGUCUAUUAAUGCACUCUGAUCAGCCUCCAUGAAGUGUCCCACAAUGCCUGUUCUAGCCACUCUGGUCAUCACUUUGAACUCUACUGCCCUGCCCUCAGGUGACCAACUGUCAGACCCGCCCUUUAAAUUCUCUGGGAAUUUUGAAAUUCCCCUUCCUGUUUGCUCAGCAAGGCGUGGAGUGCUCUCAGCGAAUCUUUCCAGGUGACCAUGCCUCCACGUACCAGGCAAGCCCCAGUAUGGAGCAAUGGCGAGGUGCUGGACCUCAUUAGUGUUUUGGGGGAGGAAGCUGUCCAGUCCCAGCUGUGCUCCAGCCGUAGGAAUUAUGAUACCUUUGGGCAGAUAGCAAGGGCCAUGAUGGAAAGGGGCCAUGACCGGGACACACUGCAGUGCAGGGUUAAAGUGAAGGAGCUGUGGAAUGCCUAUCACAAAGCUUGGGACGCAAACUGCUGCUCCGUUUCUGUGCCCACGACCUGCCGUUUCUACAAAGAGCUGGACGAGAUACUUGAGGGCGACCCCACCUCCACCUCAAAGAGCACCAUGGACGCUUCAGAGGCCGUAGCAGCCCAGAGUUCAACAAGGCAGGAGGAGGAAAGCGGGAACAAGGGUGCUGAGGAGGAGGGGGGCCCAGAGCCAGAGGACGGCCUGGCAUCCCGAGAUGCAUACAGCCAGGAGCUGUUUUCAAGCCAGGAGCAAGGUAGCCAGUCGCAGUGGACGGUGCUUGUGGAAGAACAAACAGCAGCAGAGAUGCAGCCUUGAGAUUCCAGCCGUCCUUGUUAUCAAUGGCCGAAAGGCUGAAAAGUAUCAGGAAGCGUCCACGAAGAACCAAGGAGGACCUUACUGAAAAUCAAAAAGUACAGAAAUGGUGGGAGAACGAAAGGAGGCUCCGCCAGCAGAAUGCAGAUUGCUGGCACCAAAGCAUGGAGCGGCUCCUAAGCAUUAUGGAGUGCCAAGUGGACUCGAUGCAGGUGCUCAUAGCACUCCAGAUGGAGCAGAUCCAUGCCCGCCCAUCCCUGCAGCCCUUGUCCCAAAACUUUUUCCCUUGUGCCCCAUGUCACCGCCAACCCACUUUCCCCAACGUCCGGUUUCUUAUCGUCACCAGCUGCCUCCAACACCUGUAGCUUCACCACCCAGCCCUGCAAACUACGACCCUUACCCACUGCACUCAACCCCCAUCACCAUGCAUUUUAGCCAGCUUGAAGUGCAGCACUCAUUGCACGGCACUCCAGAUAGGAAGGCUGAAUAUGAUAACAGGACAUACACAAAUCGGUGAUUGUCCCGUUCCCAACCCCAUCCCCUUCCAUCCUACCACACAGCACAGUUGUAUCAUGCCAUGUGUGUUUCCUUAGCAGUUGUGUUUCUUUUCAAUAAAUGAUUUUUUUGGCUUUGCAAACAUUCUUUAUUGCAUUAAGUAAAAGAUAGCGUAGCCCAGGAAAGCAACUGGAAAUGCAAAUCAGUGCAUCAUACGUAGCAAACACAGAUGCCUACUAGCAUUGGAACCACUGCACUUUUCCAGACCAGCCUUUCGUUAAUAUCCAUGAAACGCCCAUGGUGAUCCACAAGCGCCUGGAGAACUAUAGAGAAAUACUCCUUCCGAUUUAUGUACUCGGAGGCUAGGUGGUCUGGUGCCAGAAUUGGAAUAUACGUCCCAUCUAUCACCCUUCUGCAGUUAGGGAAACCUAUUUGUGCAAAGCCAGCCACAAUGUCCUGCACGUUGCCCAGAGUCACGGUUCUUCUGAGCAGGAUGCGAUUAAUGGCCCUGCAAACUUGCAUUAACACGAUUCCAACAGUCGACUUUCCCAUUCCAAACUGGUUAGCGACUGAUCAGUAGCUGUCUGGAGUUGCCAGCUUCCAGAUUGCAAUAGCCACGUGCUUCUCCACCGGCAGGGCAUUGUGACAGGACCCAGGAUGUCCCGCACCCCCCUUCCCCUUCCAACAAGCCACAGCGCCAGAAUGGGAAGAGGUGCUCUGUGGGAUAGCUGCCCAUAAUGCACCGCUCCCAAUGCCGCUGCAAGUGUCACAAAUGUGGCAACGCCAGUGCGCUUGCAGCUGAUAGUGUAAACACAUGGCAGCACUUUUCCUGCUGCGGUCUCCGUGGGCUGAUUUAACUCACAACACUCUACAUCUUCAAGUGUAGCCAUGCCCUUAGUCUGGACUCAGCCUUUGCCUUUCCCACUGUUCAGUUCCUUUGUCUCUGCAGGUACUUUCCGCAGUCUUUCUUCCUGGGCAGGAAGGCAAUGGAAAAGAGUCCUGUUUGCCUUAUUCCGCAGUCUUAAAUAGAAUUUACAUAAGUCAGGAAGCCUUUGUUUCCAGUGGAAAAGUACCAGCAAUGUCCAAGAUGGUGUUUAGUACCAGGUGACAUGACCACAUGACGUAGUAGAGUCACAGUAACAUCCCAGGAUGCCUUUCAGGAAGGAGAGAGAUUAGUAUCUUCAAAGUCUUAUUGUUUCUUCCUAAUGGUCCAUCAAGGCUGAUGGCCUGUUGUCUGGUGGGUGUUUCCCAAGUACAUACUCAGUUGUAAUUGUUACAUAGUUAAUAUUCCUAACUUUCUAUACAGAAAUGGUGCAUGCAUACAAAUUGGAUAAUCACAUUCAGUAAAUUAUAACCUUUCCGAUGAAACCUUACAAGACUCAUCUUGCAUAAAAUAUAUCUCGUUAUGCCAUAUCUAUAUCAUAAGCAUAUUUCCAUAAAGAAUAUGGGGUGUAAUG